AAUUCCCUCCCUUCCCUUCUCCUCUCCCCGCAGUCGUACCCAAAACCUGCUCUGCUCUUUCCUUCCCUCUCGCUGCGCCCGGCCGUCACUAACUUUGUUCAGUUCUAAUUCCAAGAGCAGAAAUGAUAAAGAGGCGCUUCUACAAGCUAGAACAUGCUGAUAAAGAUCAGGCCUCAGAUUCAUCAUCAUCCUCUGACUCUGAAUUAGAAGCAGAAGCCACAGGUGAUUCAGAUGAUGAUGUAGUUGCAGAAGUCAAAGAGAAUGAAGAAUCUCGCUCUACCUCGUCUGGAUAUGAGAGUGAGGAUAGCUCAGCAAAUGAGGUUGAUCUUGACUCAUCGGGUCUACCCAUAGUGGACGAUGAUGCUGAAACCGGAAAUGAAAAACAAAUCCUCUCUGAAAGUCAUUUGUCUGGUAAAUGUGGUUCUGAAGCACUGGAGACACAUUCCAAUAUCGUGGCUGAAAAAGAAUCGUUACCAGCAGAUAUUCCAGCCUAUAUAAUGAAAUGCAAAUCAGUUUUCAAGUGCCGGAUAUGCCCUAGAAUUAUCUGUUUGAAUGAAGAGACUCUAAGGGCUCAUCUAAACUCCAAGAGACAUGCUCGAUCUGAGAAAUUACUGAAUGAAGGUAGACUGAGGGAUAUGCUCAACAGUGAUGGGGAAAUUGAGAACCAAGAGACUCCCGCAGAGAUGAAUGCUCGAAUUUUAGCUCUUCCGCUGAGUAACAAAAAAAGGAAAAGCAGAAACAGGCUUGGAGAGGAAAAGAGAAAAAGAAAUAAGGAAAUGGGUUAUGAUGAGAACAUAAAGAAAGCAAGUAAGUUGACAAAAAGUCCAUCCAAGAAAAGGCAUAAAAAUGAGAACUGAAGAACGUUGCAUAUUUUUGUUUGCCUUACUGUUGGAGAGAAUAUGAAAGCUAGAGAUGAAUCAAGAAUUUGAACAUAUCUUCAGCUACUAACAUUUAGACAUUGUUCAGAUUGAUAACUUUAUAGAGUGAUCACUUUAUACUGCUAUGUUCCUUUUAUUAACUUUCUUUGCCCUCCCUCUCCUUCGAGGUUGCGGUUUGUUUAAUCUGGAUCUGUAUCCUGUUCUAUACUGUGUAAUAGCGAAGGCGCUUGAUUUUGGUUUAAUAGUUCCAAAAUUUUGUAAUUCAUGAAA